AUGCUUAUAUUCACCUUAUCAGACAUCAGUACAGCAAGCAGUCCGCCCGAGUCAUCUUGCAGCCCCCAACAGCGAGCUGCGGAUCUUUACGAUUUCUCUCUUGGACUUCCAUCGACAUGUAAGCCUCCAACGAGCGAGAACAGCCCCACUCACUCAAUGGGCCCCUGCAACAUUUGAGUUUUGCGUUUCAAACGCCCACAUUGACCAUGCGUGAUUUGACAUGAGGGAGCAAAGUGUGAUUCGAAAAGAAAGAGUGUGGUGUGAACGCAUACACUUCCCUGGACAUGUGAGCGUGAGGAGAUCGUGUUGUGAGAAGAAAUCAAAUUUGUAGCGAGUGGGAGCUCAACUGAAGGAACUGGAAGAGACUUAUAUACAUCCAUAGAGAGGAGGCCUGUGCGCUAUUCUGACCGUUCAGGUGCCUCAUGCAAAGAAGGGGAUCGUGCACUCAAUAGGUCGGACCUCUAUCAUAGACGCUGCGCUAUGGCUAGGUUCGCACAAGCUGUACGGGAUGAGUCCUGCUUUGAAGACCGAUCGUGGCGUGAGAACGCCUGUCUAGGACGCUCAGGGGGGAGAGGAGACUGGUAGGCACCGCGAGGCUGCUCGACGGGCCCGUCUGGUCACCCAGACCUUCUGGCAGCAAAAUUGAGCAACGACGUGGGGCUGUGCGACCAGAACUUCCAAAGCUGCUUUGUCCUCAGAGCACGCGCUCGCAAGAAUCAGCCUAGGAGGGGGCCAGGCCAGUGUGAGUCUGCACAGGGAAGGCUGUUGUCAGAGUCGGUGCGGAUAAAAUGCCCGACUCGGGAACCACACUGAAGGCAAAGCAGCGGGCAGGCCGUACAGGCACGCCAGCUGUCAUGUGCAUGCAGUACACAUGACGACUGCCAAGCAUUCCACGACUGACUCGAUGGCUGACCAUGCGACGGCAAAGAACGCUCGUAUCACCUUUGGGGUGAUGAUAGGUAUAAUCGGCCUGAAAGGACGGAGGAGACGCGUUUGCGUUUAUAGGACAACUGUGCGGCUCGCUCCCUCUCCCUCUCCCUCUCCUCCGUCCCUUGCCCGCUCCUUUUCCGUACACUCUUCCACACAGGCAAUCGCCCUUAGCAACUUCCUUAUUGUCUUCGACGCUCCCAAUCUGGGCCAGCAAUCAGAUACACUGGCUCUCCCGCUUCCUCUCCUUCGUCCUUCACCUUGUCCGCUCUCUUCCCGAGCAUUCCCGCGCAGGUAUCCGCCCUCAGCAUCUUCCACUAACUCCUAACUCCACCCACGUUCUAAGCCAGCUAUCACGUGGCCGUCCAACGAUAUCUCUUGGGCAUCUGGGCCCACUCCGGUCCCUGUGAGCUAAAGGCAUUGCUUUGUGCAAUGGAUACGUAGUUGCGCUCCAGCGAUUCUCUGAGUCUGCUCUGCGCUGACAGCAUGUCUAUUCAGCAAGUGCUUCCAGUCGACGUCCAGCACCAAGAGGUCCUUGCAAUGGGGUGGGACUGACACAGACCUCUUAGGUCCGGUCAACGGCGCAAAAAAAGACAGAGCUCUUGUAGUGAAGUACGAUGACGAACCGGACCAGUCGAAGACUGUGAUUCCCUAUCUCUCUACUGCUUCCGUCAUCAUCCACUCAUCCACUCUUCUUUGCCACAAGCAGGACGACUCCAGCUUCAAGACUGCUAGAAAAAGCAACAUCGAGGUCGCAUCCCUGUCAUUCCACACCACCCUCGCCAAUGCUUCCUGCGAGCAUUCGUCCUCUGACAUCACCAGUUCGACUGCAACCGCUCGUGUGAGUCCUUUGCUCUGAAGGGUCAUCGUCCGACUGGCUUGAGGCCAAUGAAAAGCUGAAUGGCCUCACUUUGCAGCCUGUCUUCGUUCCAGCUCGGAUCAACCAGAUGUCGGAGGUCCAAAAGCUCAAAGCCGAGAUCUCAGCCCUCCGCGCCGCCAUGCGCUUCAGCGACGUUCGUGAGGACCUUCUGCAAAAGAGACUUGAGGCCAGUCAAGCAGAGACUACCAAUGCUGUUGAGAUGGGCAGCAAGCAUAGGCUGAGCGCCACCAAACUCAGCACUCAACUCAAAGAGAAGGACAAGGAGAUCCAAAGCCUCAAUAAGGAGCUACGUCUCUGCAAAGACCAGAUACUGGAAGAUGGAUCUCAGAUUGAGAAGCUGGAGGACAUGGUCAGAACGCUCGAGGAUGAGGUCAAGAAGCUCAAGCUCAAGGACGAUGAGCGCAAGGGCGCUGUCAAGAAGCUCGAGGAGGAGGUCAAGAAGCUCAAGCUCAAGGACAAUGAGCGCAAGGGCGCUGUCCAGAAGCUUGAGGAGGAGGUCAAGAAGCCUGAGGCCAAGGACGAUGAGCGCAAGGAAAAGAUCAAGACGCUCAAGAUCAAGGACAAUGAGCGCAAGGGCACUGUCAAGAAGCUUCUGCAAAAGAGACUUGAGGCCAGUCAAGCAGAGACUGCCAAUGCUGUUGAGAUGGGCAGCAAACAUAGGCCGAGCGCCACCAAACUCAGCACUCAACUUGAAGAAAAGGACAAGGAGAUCCAGAGCCUCAAUGAGGAGCUACGUCUCUGCAACAACCAGAUACUGCAAGACAGAUCUCACAUCGAAAAGCUGGAGGACAAGGUCGGAACACUCAAGGAUGAGGUCAAGAACCUCAAGCUCAAGGACGAUGAGCGCAAGGGCACUGUCAAGAAGCUCAAGGCCAAGGACAAUGAGCGCAAAGAAAAGAUCAAGAACGUCGAGGAUAAAGUCGAGGAGCUCGUUCCUCGCGCGUUGUCCUCGACAGAGGUCAAGGAGAUGGACAAGGCCGCAAAGGCCAUUGCUGCCAUCGCCUCCAAGCACAACACUGCUUGUUAG